GCUGCCUCUGCCCGCUCCGGUCCCAGGCCCGUCCCGUGGGGCCAGAGAGCGGCGGCGGCUGGCUUUGGCCCGUUCCCAUUCCCGACCUCCCCUGAGCCCCGCGGGGCCGCCCGGCGGGCAGGGCUGCGGGGCGCGGGCGGCAGCGCUGGCUCCUCCCCGCCACCCGCGCCGCGGAGAAGAGCGAGGUCCUCGCCGCAGCCAGUUUGGUAUCCUCGGUUGUCCAUCUUCUUUCUGAAAAUGAAGAAAAUGAUUGCAUGCUUCCUCCUUCUGUCUGGACAAAUUCUACUUUUCACUGCCUCGGCCAAGAGGAGAGAACUUCCAGGAGCCUUUUUAAGGCAAAAAAGGCAUGUCAAUCCACAAGCUUUAUUUGAAAAUACUUGCAGUAACAAACACCUGGACCUCGUCUUCAUCAUUGACAGUUCUCGCAGUGUACGCCCUUACGACUUUGAGAAAGUGAAGGAGUUCCUUUUAACCAUCCUUCAGUUCCUGGACAUCAGUCCUGAUGUCACCAGAGUAGGCCUUAUUCAGUAUGGCAGUACAGUCAAACACGAGUUUUCACUGAAAACAUUCGGGAAGAGACAGGAUGUGGAGAGAGCAGUAAAAAGAAUGAUGCAUCUGGCCACUGGCACCAUGACUGGACUAGCCAUUCAGUAUGCAAUGAACAUUGCAUUUUCAGAAUCAGAAGGAGCUCGUCCUCUGAGCCAGAACGUGCCCAGAAUAAUCAUGAUAGUGACAGAUGGACGACCGCAGGAUCCGGUGGGAGAGGUUGCAGCUAAAGCCCGCAACUCAGGCAUCCUAAUUUUUGCCAUUGGAGUAGGAAGAGUGGAUAUGAACACAUUGAAGUCCAUUGGAAGUGAACCUCAUGAAGAUCAUGUGUUUUUGGUGGCUAAUUUCAGUCAGAUUGAAACACUGACCUCUGUGUUCCAGAACAAGCUUUGUGUGCCUCACAUGUGCAGUAUUGCUGAACAUGGCUGUGAUCACUUCUGUAUUAACACUCCUGGCUCCUACAUGUGCAAAUGUAAGCAGGGAUACAUUUUGAAUGCUGACCAGAAGACUUGCAGCACUCAGGAUCUAUGUGCCAUUGAGAAACAUGAUUGUGAACAGAUAUGUGUGAAUACACCUGGGUCUUAUGUGUGUCAAUGUUAUGAUGGCUUUGAACUUGAUGAACAUGGAAAGAAGUGUAUAAUUGUAGACUUUUGUGCAGUGGAUAACCAAGGCUGCCAACAUGAGUGUGUUAAUACAGAUGACUCCUACUACUGUAAAUGCCAUCCAGGGUUUAUUUUAAACCCUGAUAAAAGAACUUGCAGAAGACCGGAUUACUGUGCUUCAGAAAACCAUGGCUGUCAACAGGAGUGCAUUAAUUUAGAUGAUUCUUAUUUUUGUCAAUGCCGACAAGGAUUUACUCUUAAUCCAGAUAAGCGAACUUGCAAAAGAAUAGACUUCUGUGCUCUGGGUACACACAGCUGUGAACAUGAAUGUGUUAACACUGAAGACUCAUUUGUGUGUAGAUGUCAUCCUGGAUACACCCUGAACCAUGAUGGCAAAACGUGCAGAAGAGUGGACCACUGUGCUGAGAAUGACCAUGGCUGUGAACAGCUGUGCCUGAACGCAGACGACUCCUACCUCUGUCAGUGUUCUGAGGGAUUUAUCAUUAAUGAAGACCUAAAAACCUGCACACGAGUGGACUACUGUGCAUUGAGUGACCAUGGUUGUGAACAUAUCUGUGUGAAUGGUGAAAAAUCCUAUACUUGUCAGUGUUUUGAGGGAUACAGACUACGAAAUGAUGGGAAAACUUGUAAACGUAAAAAUGUCUGCAAGUCAAUCAGCCAUGGUUGUGAGCAUAUUUGUGUUAAUAUUGACAAUUCAUAUGUCUGCAAAUGCCGUGAGGGAUUUACCCUGACAGAGGAUGGGAAAACAUGCAGAAGAAAAGACAUUUGCAAAUCAGUGAAUCAUGGCUGUGAACAUGUGUGUGUUAAUGCUGAUAAUUCAUACAUCUGCAAGUGCCAUGAUGGAUUUGCACUAAGAGAAGACGGGAGAACUUGCAGAAAUAGAGAUGUUUGCAAUUCAGUUGACCAUGGCUGUGAACACGUUUGUGUUAGUGGUGACAAUUCCUAUACUUGCCAGUGCUAUGAUGGAUUCAUACUGAGGGAAAAUGGGAAAACCUGUAGAAACAAGGACAUCUGCAAGUCAAUCAACCAUGGCUGUGAACACGUUUGUGUUAAUACUGAUGAUUCAUACAUUUGCCAGUGCCAUAAAGGAUUCCAACUGAAGGAGGAUGGGAAAACAUGUCGAAGUAAAGACAUCUGCAAAUCAGUCAACCAUGGCUGUGAGCAUGCUUGUGUUGAUAAUGAUGAUUCAUAUACUUGCCAGUGCCAUGAGGGAUUCAUACUGAGACAGGAUGGAAAAACAUGUAGAAAUAAAGACCUCUGCAAAUCAGUCAACCACGGCUGUGAACAUGUGUGUGUUAACAGCGAUAACUCAUACAUCUGCAAGUGCCAUGAGGGAUUCAUACUGAGACAGGAUGGAAAAACAUGUAGGAAUAAAGACCUCUGCAAAUCAGUCAACCACGGCUGUGAACAUGUGUGUGUUAACAGUGACAACUCAUAUAUCUGCAAGUGCCGUGAGGGAUUCAUUCUGAGACAGGAUGGAAAAACAUGUAGAAAUAAAGACCUCUGCAAAUCAGUCAACCACGGCUGUGAACAUGUGUGUGUUAACAGUGACAACUCAUACAUCUGCAAGUGCCGUGAGGGAUUCAUACUGAGACAGGAUGGAAAAACAUGUAGAAAUAAAGACCUCUGCAAAUCAGUCAACCAUGGCUGUGAACAUGUGUGUGUUAACAGUGACAACUCAUACAUCUGCAAGUGCCGUGAGGGAUUCAUUCUGAGACAGGAUGGAAAAACAUGUAGAAAUAAAGACCUCUGCAAAUCAGUCAACCACGGCUGUGAACAUGUGUGUGUUAACAGUGACAACUCAUACAUCUGCAAGUGCCGUGAGGGUUUCAUACUGAGACAGGAUGGAAAAACAUGUAGAAAGAAAGACCUCUGCAGAUCAAUCAAUCAUGGCUGUGAACAUGUGUGUAUUAACAGUAAUGACUCAUACAUCUGCAAGUGCCAUGAGGGAUUCAUACUAAGAGAGGAUGGGAAAACUUGCAGAAAUAAAGAUGUUUGCAAUUCAGUUGACCAUGGCUGUGAACAUCUUUGCGUUAAUAUUGAUAGUUCAUACAUUUGCCAGUGCCAUAAGGGAUUCAUACUAAGAGAGGAUGGGAAAACUUGCAGAAAUAAAGAUGUUUGCAAUUCAAUUGACCAUGGCUGUGAACAUCUUUGCGUUAAUAUUGAUAGUUCAUACAUUUGCCAGUGCCACGAAGGAUUCAUAUUAAGAGAGGAUGGGAAAACAUGCAGAAGUGAAGAUAUCUGUAAAUCUGUUGACCACAGCUGUGAGCAUGUUUGUGUUAACAAUGAUGAUUCAUACAUCUGCAAGUGUUACAAAGGAUUUGUCUUAGACAUCGAUGGGAAGAAGUGCAGAAGAUGUACUGAAGGCCCAAUUGAUCUGGUGUUUGUGAUUGACGGUUCAAAAAGUCUUGGGCAGGAUAAUUUUGAAAUUGUGAAACAGUUUGUCUCUGGAAUCUUGGAUUCACUUGAGAUUUCUUCCAAAUCUGCUCGAGUUGGUUUGCUUCAGUAUUCCACCCAAGUCCGCACAGAGUUUACAUUAAGACAAUUCAACACAGCCAAGGAAAUGAAAAAGGCUGUAUCCCAAAUGAAAUACAUGGGGAAAGGUUCCAUGACUGGACUAGCCCUGAAACAAAUGUUUGAGAGAAGCUUUACUGAAGCAGAAGGAGCAAGGCCAUUUUUAUCAAGGGUCCCUCGAGUCUGUAUUGUGUUUACAGAUGGACGAGCCCAAGAUGAAGUCUCUGAGUGGGCUGGCAAAGCAAAGCAGAAUGGUAUAACCAUCUAUGCCGUUGGAAUAGGAAAAGCAAUUGAGGAAGAACUGCGGGAAAUUGCUUCUGAGCCAUCAGACAAGCAUCUCUUCUAUGCUCAGGAUUUCAGCUCCAUGGGGGAGAUAAGUGAAAAGCUAAAAAAACGAAUCUGUGAAGCUCUGGAAAAUCAGGAUGCAUCAGCAGGGAGCCCUCCCAAGCCUGGUCAACAUUCUUCAGGACUUGAAGCUGCUACCAUAACCAUCACAGACCUCCUAGCCUGUUCCAAUUUUGCAGUACACCACAAGUAUCUUUUUGAAGAGAGCCGUUCAAAAACAAUAGGCACAUCAGCAAAUCCUCCAAAAGAUAAAGACCACUGCAAAUGUGAAAGUCUUGUGACAUUCCAGAACUAUGCAGCCACUGAAGUAAGAAAACUAACCCAACGAUUGGAAGAAAUAACAAAGAGGAUGGAAGCUUUGGAAGACAGACUAAGAUAUUGAUGAGCAUUUCUUAACAAAAGUAUAUAAACAUGUGGUAUAUUUAUACAAGUUGUUAACAGAGCUAUUUUGUUAAAGCCAUACAAAGCUACAUAGCACACUUCCUCAUGUCCGAGGAUGAAAUGUUUUUGGGCCCAGUAUUUAUAUGCUGAGUUUGCAUUGAUUGCAGAUAAAAAUUGAGAUGAGCAUAUAUAGUUUAGUAACCAGCCAAAAUUCUAACGCAACAGUGGAAAUAAGCUAUGCAAUGAUAAAUAAAAUAUUCUUAUUUUUAAA